AUGAUUAAGCCCCCUACUAAAGGAAAGGUAGUUAAUCCAGCAGCAGCUGUAUUAGUGACUACUGGCCCCUCCCCUCAGGUACUAUUAAAGACCACACUGGGUGAUAUUGAUAUUGAACUGUGGUCCAAAGAGGCUCCUCUGGCCUGUCGUAACUUCAUACAAUUGUGUUUAGAAGAUUAUUAUAAUGAUACCAUAUUCCACAGAGUCGUUUUUGAGUUUGUAGCUCAAGGUGGUGAUCCCACUGGUACAGGAGAAGGUGGUGAAUCUAUUUAUGGUUCCCCAUUUAAAGUGAGUCCAUCGUUACCAUGACAACCCUUUAACCACACCCACUCUAAUUAACAG